UGCCGCUUUCUGCCAGCUAGCAAGUUUCUGUGGGAGAAAAAAAUCCUCGGAUAGUUGUGAUCUGAUUAAAUGCCUUCUGUAAACCUGGGCUAUCCUGGAUGCCAGUGAUAUUACAAUCCAUAAUACAAAUAGUAAUUGUUUUAAUUUACAUAAUAGCACGCCGGCGACACCGUUGUCAGUUUAGAUAAAUACAUAAAAGUUAUUCUCAUCUGUGUAGAUUAGCUGUUAGCGGAUUAGCUUCAGUCUUGGCUGUUUUAUACAGAGCAGGUCCUGUCCAGAAACACCAUGAAACUCUACAGUCUGAGCAUCUUGUAUAAAGGCUCGACGAAGUCCAACCUGUUGAAGGCGGCGUACGAUCUGUCAUCAUUCAGUUUCUUCCAGAGAUCCAGUGUUCAGGAGUUUAUGACGUUCACCAGCGCUCUGAUUGUUGAGCGUUCACCAUUAGGAAGUCGUGCGUCCGUCAAAGAGCAAGAGUACUUGUGUCACGUGUAUGUGCGGAAUGACAAUCUCAGUGGCGUUGUGAUCGCAGACGGAGAAUAUCCCUCCAGAGUCUGUUUCACUUUACUUGACAAGGUGCUGGAUGAGUUCUCCAGGCAGGUGAACAGUAUAGACUGGCCUUCUGGAUCACAGGCGAGUGUUCAGUACACAGCGCUGGACAGUCAUCUGGCCAGAUACCAGAAUCCACGUGAGGCGGACGCUAUGACCAAAGUGCAAGCUGAACUGGACGAAACCAAAAUUAUUUUGCACAACACGAUGGAGUCGCUGCUGGAGAGAGGAGAAAAACUGGAUGACUUAGUUCAGAAAUCGGAGCAUUUGGGAAACCAAUCAAAAGCCUUUUAUAAAACGGCACGCAAGCAGAACUCAUGCUGUGAGGUCAUGUGAUCGCGAUCUGAUUGGACUGGACUCUUCGGCCACCUCUCCUCUCUGAUUUUCUAUUUCUUUUCUCUCUCUUUCUCUCUGUCCUGGUGUGGGCUGGUGCUUUCAUCAUGCAGCAGUCAUAGCGAAUACAUGAGAGAAACGAUCCAACGGUACACAAUGACAGGCUCAGAGGGGGCUGAUUUCCCAUGAUGCACCACACUUACUCUGCCAUCGGUUUUCAUGUUGUGUGAGAACUUGGUUUUCUUCAGCGUUCCUUGGCGGUUCCUCAGGGUCUGGCACAAGCUCAAAACGGAUACAGAUAAAAGCAUAGAGGGGUCAAACGUCCCCGCUGUGCCUUACUUUUAGACACAGGUGUGUUGACAUCAGACUGUUUAGCCUUAUCUAUGGACAACGUGCGAGUGAAAAUGCUGCGAUCUCUAUAUUUAGACCCAUUAUUCGGCUUUGGCAGUUUUGAAGCGCCUUGUAGAGUGGACAUGUGACGUGAACUCCUUUUUUAAAUGUGACAACAGUGAACAAUGUGUUAAAUAUUCAUUGAGUGCUCAUGUUGGUUGGAUUCUCAAUCCGCAAUAUUGUGAGUGACUGACCAAAUUAAAUGUUUCAAAGUCUGUUUGUGUACAAUUCUAAUACCUUUUCUCUCUUGAAAAUGUAAAUAAAUAACUGAAUCAUAUUAGCUUUGGUUCCCUGCAUCUUCCGUGUUCUUGAAUCACUGCAUAUAAGAAACAUUCCUGCAAUAUUUUCACCUGAUUAUAAGUAAACCAGCUGGUGUAUUGUGAUAUUUGAGAGUAAUAAUAAAGCCUUAAAGUGUGGUUUACUGUGAAAUCAGCCCCCUUGAUCCUCGUGUGACGGUAAACGCAGUUGUGAGUGUAAAUCUGUGCUGUGUUAGUGAUUGUGUUUGAUCACAUGACUCUCGCUGGACCUCUCGAAUGCUGUAUCCAAUCUAAUGAUGCUUUGCUGCUAACAGCCUGAAGGCUCCUGUUGUGCUUUUUCUCUCGUUGUAAAGCGUAAACGUACAUGCACAAAAGUUGAGUAAAACCAGCAUUAUCUGGGUGAACGUGUCCAGUGGACGGUUGCAUAAACUGCUUAGUCUUCUACAUUUUGACCGCUCCUAACUUUUUUUAACUCUGUUAGAUAAAAUGAUAAGAUUGGUCUAAUUGGAAAAGACUGAAAGAUUGCAUAUUCAUGCACUAUUCUACGCCGUUAAAGAAAAAGUGCACUUUAAAUACUCUGCAAAAAUGAAGUGUUGGAGAAUAUUCAAGUUGAGUGCAUGUGUGGCCCAUUCAUCGUGCAGCCCAAACCGUAAGGCUUGAAACCUGGCCAGAUGGUAGGCCUCAAUUUGGGCAGUACCUAUCAGAGUUUGAGCCCGGUUGGCCCACAGGUGGCGCUACAGCAACCAAAAGAACAAAAUUGCUCAUAACUCCUAGACCCUAUAACCGUCAAAAAGGUCUCAUUGUUAUUAGGUGUUCAAGCACGAACAAGUGCUGAAAACCUAUUGUAUUUGUAAGGAUUUUAAUUAUUAUUCUUCUGCCGUAAAACGCAUCAUGCAGCCCAAACCGUAAGGCCUAGAAACUUGAGACCUGGCCAGAUGGUAGCCCUCAUUUUGGGGAGAAACUACCAGAGUAUGAGCCCGAUUGGCCCAUAGGUGGCGCUACAGCAACCAAAAGUACAAAAUUGCUCAUAACUCCUAGACCAUUUGACUUAGCCUCAACGUUUUGUACAACGAUGUGAUCCUUAGCUUGAGACGGACAAUAUCUCGGAUUUUGAUUUAGGCAAAAAAAAAAAUUUCCGCUAUGUCGAAUUUUGUCCAUAACCUACUUUUGCGAACUAGUCCCUGGUUUUUUGCCCGAUCGGAACCAGACCAGUUUAGGCCUAUUCUCUGGACUCUAGAUCAAUAAUUAUCGAGAGAAAAAAAGUUGAAAUUUUGCAUUUGGUUGUCUACAACAGGGUCAUUUAGAAAGUGGUCCGUGGCAAAAUACAGUCAAAAGCCAAUAAAUCCUAAAAGAAAGGUCAGAACUUCACAAAAAUUUAUGAACAUGUGUGUCCUAACAUGGUUAGGAAGCAUGCAAAGUUUCGUGAAGAUCGGACCAUAGGUGGCGCUAUAACCGUCAAAAAGGUCUCAUUGUUAUUAGGUGUUCAAGCACGAAGUGCUGAAAACCUAUUGUAUUUGUAAGGGUUUUUAUUCUUAUUCUUCUGCCGUAAAACGCAUCCUGCAGCCCAAACCGUAAGGCCAAGAGACUUGAGACCUGGCCAGACAGUAGCCCUCAUUUUGGGGAGAACCUAUCAGAGUAUGAGCCCGAUUGGCCCAUAGGUGGCGCUACAGCAACCAAAAGUACAAAAUCGCUCACAACUCCUAGACCGUUUGACUUUGCCUCAAGAUUUUGUACAACGAUGUGAUCCUUAGCUCAAGACGGACAAUAUGUAUAUCUCGGAUUUUGAUUUAGGCAAGAUAGAUUUUCCGCUGUGUCGAAUUUUGUCCAAAACCUACUUUUGCGAACUAGUCCCUGGUUUUUUGCCCGAUCAGAACCAGACUAGUUUAGGCCUAUUCUCGAGACUCUAGAUCAAUAAUUAUCAAAAUAAAAAAGUUGAAAUUUUGCAUUUGGUUGGCUACAACAGGGUCAUUUAGAAUGUGGUCCGUGGCAAAAUAUAGCCAAAAGCCAAUAAAUCCUAAAAGAAAAGUCAGAACUUCACAAAAAUUGAUGAACAUAUGUGCCCUAACAUGGUUAGGAAGCAUGCAAAGUUUUGUGAAGAUCGGACCAUAGGUGGCGCUAUAACCGUCAAAAAGGUCUCAUUGUUAUUAUUAGGUGUUCAAGCACGAAGUGCUGAAAACCUAUUGUAUUUGUAAGGGUUUUUAUUCUUAUUCUUCUGCCGUAAAACGCAUCCUGCAGCCCAAACCGUAAGGCCAAGAGACUUGAGACCUGGCCAGACAGUAGCCCUCAUUUUGGGGAGAACCUAUCAGAGUAUGAGCCCGAAUGGCCCAUAGGUGGCGCUACAGCAACCAAAAGUACAAAAUUGCUCACAACUCCUAGACCGUUUGACUUUGCCUCAAGAUUUUGUACAACGAUGUGAUCCUUAGCUCAAGACGGACAAUAUGUAUAUCUCGGAUUUUGAUUUAGGCAAGAUAGAUUUUCCGCUGUGUCGAAUUUUGUCCAAAACCUACUUUUGCGAACUAGUCCCUGGUUUUUUGCCCGAUCAGAACCAGACUAGUUUAGGCCUAUUCUCGAGACUCUAGAUCAAUAAUUAUCAAAAUAAAAAAGUUGAAAUUUUGCAUUUGGUUGGCUACAACAGGGUCAUUUAGAAUGUGGUCCGUGGCAAAAUAUAGCCAAAAGCCAAUAAAUCCUAAAAGAAAAGUCA